AAAUCUAUUGAAAAAAGAACAAGAUAUGGAAAAUUAUGGGGAAUAGCACGCGAAGCUACAUUACUUGCAUUGGAUUCUGACGAUCAUAAGAUAGAACAUUUAUUACAAGAUUAUAUCAAUCGAAAAAAAGGGCAAAGUGAAUCAACUUUAAUAAAUACUCAAACAGAAAUAUCUACAUUGCCAUCUAUUGAAGAGCAUAAAGAACCAAUACUUUUUACUAAUGAAAUGGAACAAAUGGAUAUUAAUGACAAUACUGAAUCAAUUACUAAAAAACUUGAACUUCAAAACAUUUAA